AUUUUGCUGAUACGUGACUCCUUUGAGAGGCUUUUUAAAUUUUAUUCUUUUUCCAAGGGCAUUCAUUCGGUAUCGGAACGAAGCUUUAAAUCACGGUACAAGGAUAACACUUUCGAGCACUUUAGCGAUAUCUUAUUUCACCUAAAGCGCGCGUGUAAAUGGAUUCGAUUCUUCCAGGAGCAUGUGAAUGACUACCUAAGCUCCUCUCUGACAAGUAGCUACACAAGCCCUCACGAGAAAAUGGGUGCCAUAGUUUCGCAUCGUAAAGGCCAGAGAAGGAUAUCACGCGCAGAACAGAAAGCAGUAGCAGUUAAUGCAUUUGCAACACACUCAAAGAAAAGUGAAAACUCAAAGCAGGAACUCGAAGCUCCUACCCAGCCACCUGCACCAAAGACCAGUUCUGCAACAUCCAGGAGCAGUCCAAACAUUGCUGUGGCAUCUUGGGGUGAAGGGAUUGUGGGAACAUCCUCUCAUUCAUUAAAUGAUAAGGGUGUGAUCACAUCCAGGGGGGUACAAAAUGAGGUCAAGUCUAGUAAGGAGAUGUACCCAUCACUAAAACCCAGAACACCAGACUCAAACAAAAAUACAGAGCUGUACACAGGCUUUGCCACAGUCACACCAAUAUCAACCCAGACAGACAAAGACCUGGCAGCCAUAACUAUUCAAAGACAUGUGAGAGGCUACCAGUCCAGAAGGCAGCUUGAACAGGAGGAACUUUCAGCAAGAAUUAUUCAAAGAGGCUACCGAAAGUACAACAAAACAAAAACAGAAAGGAAUGAUCCUCAAAAGUCAGCAGACAUUGUUAAAGGAGAAGGAGAUGAUAGUAGCAAUGAGGAUGAAAAUAAAACAGAUGAAAGAAGAAAACCUGAGUAUAGGAAGCCAUGGAAAGAAUCAACAGCUGUUGCUCCAGUACUAGACACUGAUGUUAAAAUUGGAGAAAAGACAAAAGAGAGCUUUAACAUGUACCAGGAAGACAUUACAGAUUUGAAGUGGAAAACAGAACAACAGUUGGAAAUGACAACAAUGGGAGAUGGUUACAUGCCUCCAAGAUUGGUGCUCAUUGCAUCAAAUGUUCCAAGAUCUGAUGUUCUAGAAAAGAUAGUGAACGAAGAUGUUCUUAAAUUAAACUAUGAUUUUUCUGCGACAACACUUCAAGUUUUAUUAGAUAAAAUUGUAGCUAUGCUUGAGGGAUUCCAGAGCAGAAGUAAAGCUCAGUCAAUAGCACUUGUUUGUCAGGGAGGACCUGGCUUCUUCAAUCCAGUGAAAGGAAAGAUGUUCACAAAAGCUAAAUUUAAACAAGAUGAGGAGAUUAAAAGUUUUUGGAGUAAUCUUGGUACAAACAUGUCAAAACUUGACCCAGAACACACAAAGAUCCACAUUAUUGGCAAUAAUGUGACUGGAAAUGAGAAAGGAGAAAAAUUAUUGAAGUUUCUUUCCAAGGAAAUGCAACCAUCAAAAGUCAAGGUUGAGUCACCAUUAGAAUUUGGACAAGCAGGUAAAGAAAUGCUGGCCCUCUAUUUUGAUCAUGACAAGUACAGAAUAUGGAGAAGCAAAAUGCAUUCCAAAGUUUCAUUUACCCUUUGACUUUUUUAACCCUACAAUUGUGUAGUUUCCCUCCUUUUGGUCUCAUUUGUUAUGCAAGUUGAUGUAUCAUGUUCAUACAACACACUAAAUAAUAAGUUAUUAUUUAUUUAUUUCGCAUGGAAUUUUUCACUUCAAAAUUGAAAAUGAUACAUUGUAUUCCAUACAUGUAAGUUAAAGGUUGGUCAGUUCAGUAAAUUUGUCCAUUCAGUCAGCCAUUGACAGGGAUGUCAAUGUUUUGCUUCAAUGUAAUAUUUUUUAAACUACCAGUAACCUAUAAACCCUUCAGUUCCCAAGAUCUUAUCCAUAAUUCCCUGUUCUGGUUGUUACACAUAUCUCAGUAAACUGGCUCUGAGAAUUGGGUGAAACAUCAAUAGCACCUUACAGGUGAUAAGUUUGUUGUUUCAUUUUCCCAGAGUAAAUUCAAUUGUAAGGAGAAGAUAUGGGACUUAACAUAAGAUUACCUAAUUACAAGCCAAUAAUUAUUUUUUAAGUUCAGACUAAAUAUUUCUCUUGGUGCUUUCCCUAAAACAAAAACAUUGAAAGCAAACAAAAAGAGACAAUUGCAAACAUGCAAUAACAUCUUAAGCACUUACACAGUUGGAACUUGUCACAGUUAACCCUUUGACCACUAAGAAUGAUUUGCAUCAAAUGUUUCCCUACAAUAUCACCCCUGAAUCAUAAACUAUUGUCACAUAAAAAUAAAAGAAACAAUCACCCUCUAAAGAAGCUCUUGAUUGUUAAACAAAUUAUACUUGUCAGCUGAUGUGUUGAUAUAAAGGUUUAAAAGGUUAAGCCACACUUCACAUUUUCAAAGAUCCCCUUCCACCCUCGACAGGAAAAAAAGCAGAGUUAUGCGACUACUGCUUCUAUGUGUACGAAUAGAUAUACAAUAUUUUGCUUUGCAAGAAUCUGACAGAUAUAUUAAUUUUUUUUUAAGAAUAAUAUGGAAAGAUUGUGACUGAUGAGCAUUCUUCUCUGGGUCAUUACAUCCCAACACUUUUUGUUGGCCUCAAUGCUUGAAGAGUUUGAUUCAAAGAGUACUUUUUAAAAAAAACAGAUAUUGUAUAUUUUUUAGUUAUUAAUACAGGAUUACUUGGAAAAAUCUAACUCCUGUGUCUCAAGAUAUUUAAUGCUUAACUCUUAUGGGUAAAUGAUAAGUAGCUUCUUUAAGUUAAAUGAAUAACUUAGGGUCCCUUCUACUGCACAAUUUCAUGUGUCAAUUUAAGUAAACAUUUCAAUAAA